AUGUCGAGCGAUGAAGUCGCUGCGUGUCGACAGUGCUUGGAGAGCCAUUUACAGUCACUAGUCGACCGUAGAGGCAGCUCACGGGACUCUGCUGUCAGCGACGGCGAGUGCGGAAAUCUACUCGAAGACAUACGGAGAAUAUGGACACGCCACAAUAACGUCCAAUGGACUGUGGAUCAUUCGCCCGUCGACACUGCUCUCCGCGAGCUGCUCUUCGAUCUGAUCUCCGCCAUCUCAAUCACCGAGCCCGCGUUCAUCGAGGUGUGGUACCUCCUCGACAUCACCACCAUCCUCGCCGAUCAUGGCCUCUCCGAACCAGCCUCGAAUUUCCUCAUGAUCGAGAACCUCCUCGAUAGCCAGACUGUCAGCGGAUGUAGGAGAGUGUUUGACUAUCUUGAGUCAAGAAGAGAGAGACUGACCGCCAAGAAUUUCGACAGAAAGACACUGGUCAUACUGCGGUGCUGCAAUGAACUCUUGCGGCGUCUGUCACGAGCGGAGGAUACUGUCUUCUGUGGUCGAGUAUUCAUCUUUCUCUUCCAAAGCUUCCCGCUCGGGGAUCGAAGCUCAGUCAACUUGAGAGGAGUGUUUCACACAGAAAAUGUCACGCAUUUUGAUGCGGACCAGAAACCCUCGGCCGAUGCUGUGAAGCCGAUGGAUGUCGACGUCGAGGGUGGCUUCCCUUCGUCGUCAGGCGCGCGUACACCGGCUUCUGGGGUAGAUGUGGACACGACGCAAAAGACUGGCAGGAACACACCUUUGCCUGCGAGAUCGAAGCCAGACACCAAGCUCGCGCCUCCAGAUCUGGACAGUCUCUAUCCGCAAUUCUGGUCGCUGCAGAAUCUUUUCUCUCAGCCAACGACUUUGUUUGAGCCAACAGGCCUGAAGCAGUUUAAGGAUGGUAUGGCGGCUGUGCUGGCCUGCUUCAAGGCGCUCUCCGCCAACACAGCCAGCAGUUCCGCGGCUCCAGACCGUGGUACCAAGCGGAAACGUGGCGAAACAGAUGGAGCGACGACAUCACAGCCAUACAACCCGAAGUAUCUGACCAACCGGGAUCUGUUCGACCUCGAGGUUCAUGAUGUUGCUUUUCGACGGCACAUCCUAGCACAAGCCCUGAUUAUGCUCGACUUUCUGCUAUCGCUAUCACCCUCUGCGAAGGCUAAGAACCAAGGCCUGACGAAUAAUUCAGUCUUGUACGGCUUCACACUGUCGGAUGAGGAUGUCAAAUACUGUCAGACCACGCGCAACGCCAUCGCAGGAUUCUUGCAGCAACAAGGCCCCGGAAAUGAUGGCAAGUCAUAUUACAGAAUGGUCGACACCGUACUUAGUCGGGACAAGAACUGGGCAAGGUGGAAGGCUAGUGCAUGUCCACCAAUUCAGAAGCCUGCAGUUGGAGUGGACGUAUUCAUGACUUCCCAGCGGUCUCUUCUUGAGACGACAGGAAAACGACCCUUUCCGAAUCCUCCUGGUGCACAAGACUUCGACUUCUUGGCGCAUGCUGAGCCUCUCGAGGCACUCAAACAUCCGAGCCAGAGAGAGGACAUUCGCAGCCUAGAAGACUAUUACAACGAGAUUGAGGCCGCAAAGCUGGACGAAGACUUCGCGACGGACGAAGAGAAGAAGGAGCUGCAGGAGAAGAUCCAAGGCUCGCUGUGGCGCGCACUACGAGCAAGUGCUUUGGUUGGCCGUCGCUUCGAAUUGUGUGAGAAGAUCAAGGACGGAGUAAAUACCAAGGCAUUGAAAGGCGAAGAAACACCACCUGCAGAAGAGGUCGAGGCAGAGCCCGUACAGUCAGAAGCGGAAGAGGUGAAGCCCUCCACGAACGGCCAUGCCAGCGCCACGGAAGACGUCGGUUCGGCCGCUGGCACGCCCAUACCACAGAUCGACGGUGCAGAUGAUGCGCCUCAAGCGAACGGUGAAGAUAUUGCUGAGAGCCAAGCAGAGAACGAGGGCGAGGACGAUGCCGAAUUCGCACCACCCGGAGCCAUGGACAUUGACGAUGGAGGUAUCAGCGGCGCUCCAGAGGUCGAUGUGCCUGUGCCAGCAGACGAGGAACCCGCGCAAAUCGAUGAUGGGACUGCUGAAGAGGCAGCUUAG